UGUUUUGGUUGGCUAACCUGAAACACAGUUAAGUACUCUAUGCUCGGUUCCUUGUUACUUGCUGUUGUAAUGUGUAGAAGUAAACAACUAAAUAAAUAGAUAAUGGCAGCAGCAAGAAGAGUUUUAUUUGUACGUUCCUAAAAUACUACAAUGGCGACGAGGAUAACGGAUAAUGGGAAAAAGUGAACGUAAAAAUUAUCAAAGGGAUAUUAUAAGUGAUAUUGUAAGUAUAGUGUACGUAAGUAUAGUGAACAAAUUAUAAAACGAUGGUAAAUCCUGCUGAAGCUGGUGGUGGUACAGAUAGAAUAGUCGUCACAGGGACGAUAGGGAGGGUUUAUGAAUUUGAUUUAAAAGAGAACUGGUCAAAUUGGCACGAACGACUUUCCUUGUAUUUUUCUGCAAAUGAUAUUACUGAGGCUAAAAAAGUCCCUAUUCUAUUGACCUCAAUUGGCACGGAGGGUUAUGGCCUGUUCAAGGACUUGUGCACACCUGCUUUGCCUUCGUCAAAAAGUUAUGCUGAACUGGUUGAACUCAUGUCUAAUCACCUUCAACCCAGACCAAGUGAAAUCACUGAACGUUACAAAUUUAAAGAACGCCUUCAAAAAGACGACGAAACUAUUGUACAGUAUAUAGCUAAUUUGAAAAAACUGUCCAUGAACUGUGGGUUUGGAAAUAACUUAGAGUCAGCUUUGCGUGAUCAAAUCGUAUGGGGCAUCAGAAAUACUGGUAUUAAAAAACGUUUAUUAAGUGAACCUGAUCUUACUUAUAAAAAAUGCAUUGAACUGUCUAUUUCUCUUGAAACAACUCUUCGUGGUGUAGCUGAAUUGAAUGCAACUAGUAAUUUUACUAGUAGUAAAAUUAAUUACAACAAAAGUUUCAGACCUUCAACUUCAACAAAUUCAAGUAAACCUAGUAGACCUAACCUUACGGCGAAUCCGCAAUUUUCCACAACUAAAGGAGAUCCAGGGCAAUGGAAAAAAUGCUACUGUUGUGGAAAAGCAAAUCAUUUGAGUAAAAAUUGCCAUUUUCGAAACUAUAAAUGCCAUGUAUGCGGUAAGCAAGGUCAUUUAAAAAAUGUAUGCAAGGUAAGAAAAACUUCAGGUAAGCAAAACAAUAAUUAUGUUGAAUCUGAUUCUAUUGUAUCUCAAUCUAAAACUUUAACUGAAGAAUUCAACUGUCUUGAUAUUGCUUCUAUGAAUAAUCUACGAAUUGAGAAGUCAAUUAAUUAUGUAAAGCCUAUUGAAAUGAAAUUAAUUAUCGAAAGUAAACCUAUCAAUUUUGAAGUGGAUACUGGUUCUGGCAUUAGUGCAAUAUGUUAUUCUGAUUUUGUAAAACAAUUCCCGGACUUGACUGUAAAAUUGAAACCAACUGAUGAAGUUUUUCAUAGCUAUGUAGGUGAUCCUAUUAAACCGGUAGGAGUAGUUCAUGUAAAUUGUGCAAUCAACAAGAAUUGUAAAGAAAAAAGUUUGCAAUUGUAUGUUAUGAAAUCUAAUAAAGAGGAAAGAAAUGUUUCACCAAUAUUAGGACGUUCUUGGUUGCAAGCUCUUAAGAUAGACUUAGGUCAAUUGAAUAGUCAUUGUAAACCAACAAUUCAAGGUUUGAAUCAAGUAAAUGAUAAUGAAUUGGAGCUAGAAAAGGUAAUAAAGGAUUACCCAGUAGUUUUUUCCGACAAAUUAGGAAAGUAUACUAAACGUAAAUUUGAGUUACAUCUCAAAGAUGAUGCACGACCAAUAUUUUGUAAACCAAGGCCAAUACCAUAUGCAAUUAAGGAUAAGGUUGAACUUGAAAUAAAUAGACUUGUUAAUGAAAAUAUUCUGACGCCUGUAGAAUCUAGUGAAUAUGGUACACCUAUUGUGCCAGUGAUGAAACCAGAUGGGUUAAUUAGGUUAUGUGGUGAUUACAAAGUCACCAUAAAUAAAAUGUUAAUGAUUGAUCGACAUCCAAUUCCUAGAGUUGAUGAUCUAUUUGUAGCUUUAAGAGGUGGUAAAAAAUUUAGUAAACUAGAUUUAUCACAAGCAUAUCAACAAAUAGAACUAGAUGAAAAGUCCAAAAAAUUGGUAACUAUAUCCACUCAUAAGGGAUUAUUCAUGUACAAUCGAUUACCUUAUGGUGUAGCUUCUGGGCCAGGAUUAUUUCAAAGGGAAAUUGAAAACCUAUUAAGAGGUCUAGAUAAUGUUGUAAGUUUUCUAGACGAUAUUUUUAUUACUGGUAAGAAUGAUGAAGAACAUAUUAAAAACUUGAAAGCUGUUUUGUCAAGACUGGAAGAUAGUGGUCUAACUGUGAAAAGAAGUAAAUGUUCAUUCUUUCAAGAAUCUAUUUCUUUUCUCGGACAUGUAAUAGAUGCUAAAGGUUUGCAUAUGAAUAAUGAUAAGGUUAAAGCUAUUGUCGAAGCUGAACCACCUACAAAUGUGUCUGAAUUACAAGCUUACUUAGGUUUAGUUAAUUACUAUGCUAAGUUUUUACCGGAUUUGUCUACUGUUUUGUCACCAAUGUAUGAAUUAUUGAGAAAAGAUGUAAAAUUUUUAUGGUCAUGUAAGCAAGAAAAAGCAUUUACUAAAAGUAAAGAAUUAUUGUUGUCAGGCAAUGUAUUAGUGUAUUUUAAUCCUGAUUUGGACAUUGUGUUAUCUUGUGAUGCUUCUCCUUAUGGACUAGGUAUUGUGUUGUCUCAUCGUUUCAGUAAUGGUGAUGAAAAGCCAAUCGCUUAUGCGAGUCGUACGCUAACCAAAGCCGAAAAAGGUUAUUCUCAGUUAGAAAAAGAAGCUUUAGCAAUAAUUUUUGGCGUGAAACAUUUCCAUCAAUACUUGUAUGGUAAACAUUUCAUAUUGAAAACAGAUCAUAAACCGUUGACAACUAUUUUUGGUCCUAAGAAUGGUAUUCCUCAAAUGACUGCAAAUAGGUUGCAGAGAUGGUCAAUAUUUUUGUCUGGUUAUGAUUAUGAAAUAAAUUAUGUUAGAUCUAAGGAUAAUUGUAAUGCUGAUGGAUUGUCAAGAUUGCCUCUACCUAGUAAAACUAUUGAUGAUGAAGGAGAGGAGUAUACUUAUUUGAAUUUUGUAAAGAGUGAUGUGCAAUGUUUGAAUUUUUUCGAUGUAAAGAAAGAAACUGCUAAAGAUGUUGUAUUGAGUCAAGUAUGUGAAUAUGUAAAAUAUGAAUGGCCUGAUAAUUCUAAAAUUGUAGAUAAAUUGAAACCGUACUUUAAUAGAAGAAAUGAAUUGUAUGUAGAUAAAGAUUGUCUAAUGCUUGGUAACCGUAUUGUAAUACCUGUUUCAUUGAGAAAAUUGAUUCUAACUGAACUUCAUAGUAGUCACCUAGGAGUUGUGAAAAUGAAAAGUAUGGCUCGAUCGUAUGUAUGGUGGCCAAAUAUCGAUUCCGAGAUAGAAGAAAUAGCAAAAUCUUGUAAAUUAUGUUAUGAAUGUAAGUCGAAUCCUCCUAAAGUAACUUCGGCAUGGAAGUGGCCUGCUGCGCCCGGCCAUAGAAUCCAUAUUGAUCAUUGUGGUCCAAUAAAAGGAAAAUAUUACUUAUUGAUUACCGAUGCUUAUUCUAAAUGGUUAGAUGUUAUGGAAGCCUCUAGCUUAACAACCGAUUGUACUAUAGAUUUGUUGAGAGUGUACUUUGCAAAUUGGGGUAUUCCCUUGAUACUUGUGAGUGAUAAUGCUACUUGUUUUACGGCUGAUGAAUUUCAAAAAUUUGUACUUAGAAAUGGUAUAAGUCACUAUAAAACCGCACCAUUCCAUCCUGCCUCGAAUGGAGCGGCGGAAAACGCUGUAAAAACAUUUAAGAAUAAGAUAGAAGUUUUGUCAAAGGAAAUGUCUAACGUGAAACAAGCUAUUUCUAAAUUUUUAUUAGAAUACAGAAAUACUCCGCAUUGUACUACUGGAGUUUCUCCUGCUGAAUUACAUGUAGGACGUAGAUUGUUAACUAGACUUGACCGAAUCAAACCUAUUGUACUAGCACAAAAGGUAUUGAAAUCUGAAAUCCCGGCUAGGACUUGUAACAAAAUAAAUUUCUCGAUUGAUGACAUUGUUUAUGUUAGAAAUUACAAUAAGAAUAAAAGUACAUGGAUAAAAGGAAAAAUUAUUGAUCAAGUGUCUCCUGUAACUUUCAUUGUAAAAACUGAAGAUAAUCUAAUUUGGAAAAGGCAUGUAAACCAAAUGAGGAAAUUUGUUGAACAGGAAAAUGUACCAAUUGUUGAUAAUAAUUUGAAUUUGGAUGAAUUGUUAAAAGGUAUUCAAGGUAAUGAGUUUGUAACACCUCAGGAGGUGAUAGUACCUAAACCUAUUGAACCGGGAGAAGUACCAAAGUUAAGGUCUCCUGAACCUAUUCCUAUUUUGAGAAGGUCGAAGAGAGACCGAAAGCCUGUCAAGAGAUUUGAAUUGUAAGACAGAAAACAGAAAGCUGUCAACUGAUUUAUAAUUGAUUUAUAUUUUGUCAACUGAUUUAUAAUUGAUUUAUAUUUUGUCAAUUGAUUUGUAUUGGAGUUAUUUGAUUUGCAGAUUUGCAAUAAUUGAUUUCUAUUGAUUUGUAAUUGAACAGUAAUUGAGUUUGUAUUUUGAUUUGUAACUUUGAUUUCUUUUUUUUGUUGUAACCUGGAUUGUACUUUAUUUCUUGUAUUGCGCUGUCAUUUCUAGAGUACUGCUAUUUGAAAAGUAUUGAAAGGUUAAUGAUUUUGUUUAAGAAUAAAGAGUAUUUAUUCAUAAUGUUAAGUAUAACACCUCAAAUAAGGGAGGAGAAUUGUUAUGUAUUUGUUUUGGUUGGCUAACCUGAAACACGGUUAAGUACUCUAUGCUCGGUUCCUUGUUACUUGCUGUUGUAAUGUGUAGAAGUAAACAACUAAAUAAAUAGAUAAUGGCAGCAGCAAGAAGAGUUUUAUUUGUACGUUCCUAAAAUAC